AUGGCAUCGUCCUUCGACUUAGGAUUAGGCCUAGAGGGCACGCACAUAGUGGUGACCGGUGGUCUCGGCCUCAUCGGCCGCGUAGUCUCCCACGCCUUCCUCUCCGCCGGCUGCAACGUCUCCAUCCUCGACACUGCAGAUUCCCAGACCAUCGAUGCACCAGAGCUACAAUCACCGACCUUAGUAGCCUACAAGACCAACAUCACAGAUCCAUCCCAGAUCCACCAGGCCUUCUCCGACGCCGAAGCUAGAUUUGGCCCUGUCCAGACAUGCGUCGCUCUGGCGUCCCUCGACCUAAGCGUCUUGCCUCAAAGUGAGAGCCUCGCGGACAUGGACCCAGAGGCCUGGAAACGGGUGUUCGACGUCAAUGUUCAUGGAACUUUCGUCACUUGUCAGCGGUGGCUGCAGGGCAUCAGGAAGGCUGCUACGAAUCCCGCAGUAGCGCCUGAGUUGCGCAACGUCAGCUUGAUUAUCAUGGGAUCCGAGGCCGGGCGAUUCGGAGUGCGGACUAUGGCCGCCUACGCAGCAGGCAAGUCGGCCGUACAGGAAGGGCUGAUGCGCAGUCUUGCCCAAGACGCUCCAAGACUGUUCGCGAGGGCACGAGUCAAUGCGGUGGCACCGGGUGCGGUGGACACGGCGAGGUUCAAGGAGGAGUGCGAGAGGUACGGGGAAGGCUUUCAGUGGAGGGAAUGUGAGGCUACGUGA